AUUUUCCUCCCAUUCCCAUCACCACAACAAGCCAACUUUUCAUCCCUGCCUGUGCUGAUUUUCAUCCGCACUCCUCCCAAACCAUCAAUCCAAGUACCGACGUAUUGUCAGAUAUCGGCUGAGCCGUGCCGCACAUUCAUACCUCGAGUUACCUACCGAGUACUGAGGUAGGCGUCCUCGCGCAUCGGCCGCACACAGACGCUCUCUCAGCUUGGCACACUCUGCUAGCCGCGAGGCUCGCCUUGGCCCCAGCUUCGACGCCAACCCCACCCACGACGGAGCCUUCCCAACAUCCCCACGUCCUUGCGAGCUUCCAUCUAACUCAUCCAUCAACCACAUCGUCGUCGCACCAGCAUACACAAUGACUGAGGUGUCGUCGACCCGCCUCUACCUGGGCAAUUUGCCCAGGAAUGCGACCAAAGCUGACGUCGAGGCGCAUUUCGCCACUCAUGGUACCGGCGAAAUCACCGAAAUCAAACUGAUGAAUGGCUUCGGGUUCAUUGAGUACAAGGACGCCAUGGACGCCCGGGACGUUGUCCCAGCAUUUCACGGAUCGGACUUUAUGGGAGAACGCCUCACUGUCCAAUUCGCCCGCGGCUCGCGCCAUCGCGAACAAGGCGGUGGUGGUGGUGGCGGCGGCGGCGGCGGCGGCGGUGGGUACAACCACGACCGUAACAGCGCUCCACGUCCGCGCCGCACACCACACCGCAUGCAAAUCAGUGCGCUCCCCAAUGAUACCAGCUGGCAGGAUUUGAAAGACUUCGCCCGGCAGUCGGGCCUUGAUGUCGUCUACUCCGAGACCAACCGCAACGGUAGCAACGAAGGCUUUGUUGAGUUUGAGACUGCCGCCGACCUUAGAACCGCGGUGGAGAAGCUUGACGGCCGCGAGUUUAAGAAUGCCCGCGUGAUCUGCGUCGCCAACACGCAACCGGACAUUCCCAGGGACCCCCGAGCCCGCUCACGCUCCCCGCGUCGCCCAUACCCUCCGCCGGGGGAUGACUACGAUCGACGCGGCCCCCCGCGCGGGUAUAGCCCGCGACGGGAUGGUUAUAGGGAAGGAGCGUACCGUGAGCGCACCCCUCCCAUCCGCAGGGACUAUUAUGAUGACAGGAGGGGAGGCUACCGUUCGCCUCCGCGUCGCGGACCGCCGAUGGACGACUACCCGCCCUCGCGUGGCCGCUACGACGACCCCUACCGCGGUGGACCUCGGGACUAUCCUCCGCCGGACCCCUACAUGAACGGCCGAGCAUACGACCGCAGGGGCCCGCCGCCCCCGGACUUCCCGCCGCGUGGUGGCGACCCGUACGCCCGAGAGCCAUACCCGCCUCCCCGGGAGUACGAGCGGCGGUACUAGGAUACUAGGAUAUGCGCCAACGGUCCUGAAAAGAUAGCGACGCCUGCGAGGAUGUUGUCGGGUUAGGCCUUAUUACGUCAUUGUUUGCACGAUGUCAGCCAGUUACAGAAGUUAGUAUCGUGUUUGGCUGCACAGGAAGUCUGGACGUGGUAAGAAGGUUCUGGCGUUCAGGUUUUAGUGUAGUUUUCUUUAUGUUACUUGUGCUAUAACAUUAAGCCUUCGCGAAGUUUGUGAUUGUUGC